AUGAAUUUUUGUUCAUUUAUUUUUUUAUUCACUGUUACAUUACGUGUGAUACUUGCAACAAAAAAGAAUAUCCAUAAAAAGGAUUUAUAUAAAGAUAAUAAUAAAAACAGUUCAAGGGUAAAAUGUGCCACAAAAGAACCAGUAUAUCAUGAAUUAUCACAAAAUGAUAUAUUAUAUGAAAAUUUUGUAAAAUACGAUAAAGAAAAAAACAAAAAGAAUGUGGAUAAAGGGAUAAAUGAUAAAAAUUAUUCAAGGAAUAUAUUAAAUAAUGAGAAUUCUGAAGAUAUAUUUGAAUCGAUUAAAAGGGUAGAAUCGUAUAAUUAUGAAAAUAAUAUGGUCAAUGAAUGUAAUGUAAUCCCUUCAUCAAAAUCUUUAUUGAAAAAAACUAGUAGGAUGACUAGAUUUAAGAAUAAAUUAUAUAAAAUGAUUUUUAAAAGAAAUAAAUUUUGGAGAGUUAUUUCAAAAAUCAUUACAGUUUUGGGAGACAGUGCUAUAAUUUGUGAAAUUAUAAUGGUUAUAGGAUAUAUGCUUAAAAUUUGUUUAUGUUCAUGGGCUUGUGAAAUAAUUACGGCAUCAGGAGGUGCCUUUGGAGCUAUUAUAUUAUUAAUAAUAUUAAUAAUUGCUAUAGUUUUUUUACUUGUUACAUGGUUAUGGUUUCAUAAAGAUGUGUAUUACGAAACACAUGAACAAUAA